AUGAAGACUAAGAAUAAUGAAUUUUUGUCAUUUAAUAUCUUAAAUUGUCCAAUACCUAAAUAAUAAAUAAGGAUUGAAGAUUCAAAGAAUUUACUCAUCUCUUCAAGACUCAAUAUUCCUUUAUUACCUUUAAAUUCACAAUAAUAAAAAAAUGACCUUAAUUAAUUGAAAUUAUUUAGACAUUUAAAUGAAUAUACAACCAUUUAGGAUGGAUUUCAACAAACUUAAGCUUUUAAAUAUAAGUCAUCUAUAUAUAAUGGUAGAUUAUUACAAAAUACUAUAAAAUAAUAGAUAGAAAUUGAUUAAGAUUUCUAAAGUGAGGAAAAAAUCUUUACAUAAAAAUAACUGUUAAAAGAAAAGCCCUUGGAUUCAACAUUAAAAAAUUAAAAUAACAAUAGAAAUAAAAUUUCAUCUAUGCCUACAGAGCCUUUUGAAUAAGGUUAACAAAAUUUCUAAAACUAUGAAUCUGAUCUCAUGAGAAAGAGAACUAUAUUUUCUAAAUAAAAUAUUCAGAUAAAUAAUACAAAGAAAAACCAGAAUUAAAACAAUAAUAAUAAACUUAGAAGUUUAACCAUUCAUGAAAUCUCUAACAAAAUUAGUCAACAACAAAAAAUGACUAAUAACCCAAAAAAUUUUUUAAAAGUUUAGAAAAAGAAGUUUAGACUUAAGAUUGUUGCCAUAAUGGUUAGAGCGAUUCUCAAAUUAAGCAAAAAAUAUAAGUAAUUUAAAAUUUUAUAACUUAGACUACUAUUUUAAAGAAGGAAUUAAGCAAUUGAACAUUUUUAAAAAUUAAAGGAACCUCAUUUGAAUUACUUUUCUUCUUUAGGAUAGAGAGAAGUUUAAUAAAAGUAUAAGAAUUUUGUGUAAUAACUGUUUACAAAAAUUACUUAGUUAUUAUAAAGCAAAGAAUAUAUUAAAGAUUAUACAGAUAUCUUAAAAUAACAAUAAGAAUUGGUUGUGGAUUUUCAAAAAUAAAGAUUAUGUUUUUUCAUAAAGUUAUUAUUUUAAGAUUUAGAAUUAAUAACUAGAAAAAAUAUAAUACCAAAAUUUAUACUUCAUUCAUUAAAUUUAUGCUUAUUUGCUGGUAAAAAUACAUAAACAAGUUAAUUUGUAGCAAAUAGAACUAAAUUUUAUUCUAAAACAGUUCAUUCUCUUACAUCUCAAUAAAAAGUAUUAAUUGCUUUAGAAUAUCUUAUUUUCACUAUUAUUAUACCAAAUUUAUUAGAAAUUGCAAAUAAAUAAGUUUACAAUAAUUAGGAUCAUUUUAUAAUUAUUAACAUUUAUUUAACAGCUAUAGCUAUGCUAAUAACAGAGUUUUUCACAAAUCAUUUUCAAAACUUAGCAAAAAUUGAAAAUUCUAAUGUCAAGCCUGUUUAAUUAAUACUCUAAAUUUAAGAAGAAGAAGAAGAAGAAGAAGAUAAACCUAUAUAAACAUAAUUGCUUGUAUCAAAAAAUUUAGAUAAAAACGAAAGAAAAGUUAUUUCUGGAUAAAUACAAUUAAAUUUUGUUAAUUCAAUUUUUGAAGAAAAACUUUUAUGGAAAAACUAAAUGAUAAAUAUCUUCUCAAGAAUAGUUAAUAAUAUUGAAGAUUUAAUCGAUAUUUAAAAUGCAGAGUGA